UACCAAAGAUAAAAAGCUUUAAUAUAAAAAAGGUUCAAUUAAAUGUAGAACUCAAAAUUUAAAUCAUUACAAUAUGUGAGUAAAAUUGAAAUAUUAAAUAAAAGUAUAAAGAAAUAAAACUCGUGUAAACAAAGACAAAAAUAUAAAAAAUGGCAAAUACAAAAUAAUGAAACUUUCUUUAUUACGUGAUAUUUUCUAAUCGAAGAACCGAAAAACUUUUCCGUAAAAAGGAAAGUUUUCAAUUAUAAGAAUGAUAUCAUUAUUCUUUUUACUAGAAUAAUUUAUCAAACUUCUAAAGUUUGCCUAAGAUAAACCACAUUGGGGUAGCGACUUAGCAUCAGGGAGGCAGGGGAUAUUUCCUCGUCUAUGGGCAUAAAGUAGGCUACGCGUGCUUGCAGACUUUAAAGUAGUUGAGUGGUGCGAUAAUGUUAUAGUACCUACUAUUAAGACUAUUAGUGGGUUGGAGUGCAAGCAGUUUUGGAGCCCUGGCUGCCCUAUAAAACCAGGUGAGACUGGGGGAAUGAGUUGUGCAAUGGAGUAUCCAAAGAGCUUCAUCUUCCUUGUGGGAUUGCUUUUGGUUAUCAGCCUUUCCAGUUUGGAAAAGGUUGAUGGGGCAGGGGCCUGUGGAAAAUCUUCCCCAGAUAGCCAGGCUUUGAAGUUGAUUCCUUGCGCAACGGCGGCCAGCGACAAGAACGCUGCUGUUUCUAGCAGCUGCUGCCUUCAGGUGAAGAAAAUAAUCCAGAACCCAAGCUGCCUCUGCGCUGUUGUGCUUUCCAACAUGGCCAAGUUUUCUGGAGUCAAUCCUGAAAUUGCAAUAACCAUCCCCGAGAGAUGCAAUUUUGCUGAUCGUCCAGUAGGUUUCAAGUGUGGAGCUUAUACGCUUCCUUGAUGGGAUACACGUACAACUGAAGACCCAUGACUCUACUAUGGUACUUGUAAGCUAGCAGGCUUCACCCAAUAAAAGCUAGCAGUCUGUAUGCAUCUACCCAAAAUAAUAUUAAUGCAAUAUGGUGAUGAGCACAUUACUUAAA